AUGUUUCGGAAGAAAUAUAAAGUGUUACAUAUACUGUCGAAACAUGAGAAAAAGGAAAAAUCAUCAAAAGAUUCUGUAAUUGCUGAUAUUGAAACGUUCAGAACAUGUAAGUGUAAAGGCGCACUAAAUAAAUGGUUUUUGUUUCUUAAAAUUUUGAUUGUUCCAUUUUUAAUAUGGAAUCUGCAGUACCCUAGUAAUAGUUGUACCUCCGAUGAAUCGUGCGAUUGGGGUAAUGGCCUGCGGAAGAACCCUCCCCGCAGUGGUAAUCGAAUAUUAAUACAAACUCAGCACAUUGAAAGAAUCAACCAUGGUGAUGAUCCAGUCGUGUGUUCCCGUCGUAAUCAAUACCUCCGGGAGAGUAAUGUAAAAUCAAGGUUCAGUAGAUCAGCAACGAAAUACCAUGAUAAGGAGAAAAAAAUGAGUGAGAAAAUGACCUCAAAUAACAACACAAUGAAGGCAGAGUUUAAGGACCCCUUUCUAAAAAGGGAAAAGAGAACAAGUCGAAUGAAUAGAAAGGGGAAUAUCAACCUUUAUGAUAAUAUUCAGGACAUUUAUGACGUAUAUCAUAAUAUUAAUAAUGACUUGAAGUCCUACCAGGAAAACAGACUUCUUAUUUUCCAUAAAGAUAAUGUAAAUGUAGAAAGCACGAAGAGCUGUAAAAAUGGAAACACGUGUAGUGACCUAGGGGAAAGUUACGAUGAGCAGGGAGAAAAUGAACCUGAUAGCUAUGAUCUCAAGGGACAAGAUGAUUUAGGUAAGGAUGAGGGCGGUGAUCAACACGGCAAGGAGGAAGAUAAGAAAGCGGGAAAAGAGCAAGGUAAAGAGGGGAACCAGAAAGAAGAUGCCGGAGAUCACAACAGGGAAGAAGAUAAGGGGGAGAAAAGUAAGGACGGCGAGGAAAAUAGAGAUAACGGUAAAAAGCAUAACGAUGAUGAUGAAAAGGAAGAUGAUGACAAGAAAGAUGAUGACAAGAAAGAUGAUGAAAAGAAAGAUGAUGAAAAGAAAGAUGAUGACAAGAAAGAUGAUGACAAGAAAGAUGAUGA